GAUAGAUAAUAAAUAUUAUUUUCGCUAUUGCUCGGAAUCUGAGGGUUUUUAUUGCAUGAACAUUGUUUAUCGCAAUCAGCAGCAGCAAUAUUAUUUGCGCGUUCUCGCGGUGUUACUCAGCCUGGUUGCCUGAAUAGAAAUCAAAUUUGCGAUGGACACACGGACUGCGCUUCUGGAGUCGACGAGGAGAACUGUGAUGGCAAUUGCAUCGCUGGAUUUAAGUGUGGUCGACAAUGCAUUUCCAAAGAAAAAGUGUGCGAUGGCAACUACGACUGUGUUGACGGUUCUGAUGAACACUAUGAUUGUGAAUACGCCAAGUCGUGCAGUGAGCUAAAGGACACUUACGGAAGUUUCUCUUCUUUGACUAUCGAUUCGGAUAACGUAUUUAAAAAUGCCGCCCAAAAAACUAUCGUCGCAAUAUCGGUACAAAGCAACCAAAUCAUUUGGCUAUCUUUCAGUAUGUUCAACACUAAAGAAAACCAUUUAGUGAAGGUUUAAGAUGGGCCCUAUUCGACCAGUCCUCUUCUUUUGUCACAAAGCGGAUCUACUAAACCUUCCUCCAUUCGAUCGUCAGCCAAUAAUCUGUAUGUGGAAUUUCCUUCUUAUUACGACAAAAGCUACGGCAUUAGCGUGUCCCACACAAGUGUUCGUCUUAUUAAUCACGAAAUCGCAUGCCAAGCACAAUGCAUAUCGAUGAUGCUUCUACAUUAUUGUGUUCACAGAUGGACAACAUGGAGAAACCGUUCGUUCCAGGGUGCGGCGGUUAUGUCUAUGGGGACGGUUCGGUAUCCUCGCCGAAUUAUUUGUCUAAUAAUAAUAACAAUUUUGACGAAUGUUUCUGGUUCCCGGAAGCUCGGCAAAGCGACGGAGUCAUAUUUGUAAAGAGAAAUAGCGCCCCGACCGUCAGAUCUCUUCCUUUUACGGUUCUCUCUACGCUUCCUUCUGAGCUUCCCAUCAUGACUGUCUACGACGGUUGGAACUCAUCAGGUCAAGUGUUGUACGAUGAAUUGGAUUCUUCUAAACCAGCUCAAGCCAAAAGUGUCGUCUAUUCCGUCAGCCAGAAAAUGAUGAUCCGCUUUACUCGGCCAAAAGUAUCUUGCAGCAGUAGGAACUGGAGCGUGACUACCGUUUACGACGGCCCCACGGUUAAUUCUCCACUGCUCCUUGAGAAAUCUGGAUUAUCUUCGACACCUUUCGCCGUCAACUCCUCCUCAAACGAAAUGCUCGUCAGAUUUACAUCGGAUGAAAAUAUUACUCUUCCGGGAUUUCUGGCGGUGUACUCUACCGUGUAAAUCUUUUAAACUCUUAAUUUGAAUCUUCUUCUUGUUUUCCCAUGUUUUGAAAAAAAAUUCUGAUAAGAUCAUGAGGUUUCUUUGAUAGUUCCCUUCAGUCGGCUGGAAACAUGUCCUGUAGCCACUGGUGGUCAAAAUACAUAGCCACCCUAAAGAUUUAA